UAAUGUACUUCCGGUGUGUUGACCUUUGUUUACUGUCUGUCUAGUCCGUCCAGUCAAAAAUAGACUUAACUAUACGCAAGGAAAAACUAUACUCUCAGCGCGGUUCCUAAAUCAAGAGCGGUGGUCGCAACAGUGAUUGGUCGAUAUCUGUUAAACAUGAAUCCCAGCACGGCCGACAGCUCUCAACACAUUUGCAGGGAAAGCGAUUUUCCUCAACGGAGGCAACAACAAGUGAGCUAGCUAGCUUGUCCACAGCUAAUGAUCGUAGGUGCUCGCUCGUCGCCCUUUCCUCCUCAUUUCUGUCAAACGGAUUAAUGUAAGACUGGCUUAUUAGACAGGUGACCAGUGCAAACUUAAAUCGAGGAAAAUUGUGCUGGUCGACGACAAUAACGCAGAAAGGCAGUGUUGCGUGUGGAAAAAUACCUCCUACAUUUGCAUAAGCUAAAACUUCAUUUGUUUUUAACCAUGGCCAUGGCCGCUAGUUUUCUCAGCACGGAUGAGGCGUCCCCAGCGGCUCUGACAGACCUGUGCUUGACUUAUGUCAGCCAGAACCUGGAGUGUUUCUGUGUGAAGCGUCCUGAUGGCUCUCUGUGCUUCAGAGAGGCUGUGCUCUUCCCACAGGAGCUUGCAGACCAGCUGCUGGCUAAGAUGGCCACUGAAGGUCUGCUGAAUGACAGUACAGUGGGUAUAUUUCGAAACUGUGAAUACCUGCGGCUGAGGCGAGCAUGCAUACGUACAGCACGUAUCUCUGCAGAGGCCUUUCAGAGAGCCCUCUGUCCUCACAGACUGUUGGAGUUGGAUGCAGCCAGGGUGAACGCAGACCUCACCAUCCCUGAUAUUCUUCAGGGACUGGCCACCAAUAAGUACUGUCAGGAGUCUCUCCAACGACUUGUCUUAACGGGUCUCACCAUGUCUUCCCUGGAGGAACCAAUCCGGUAUCGCUUCAGCUCCCUCCAGGCUCUGCGUUCUCUCUCCCUAGCCAAUGUAGAUUUCUAUGACUCUGGGUUGGUUGAUGUAUGUUCCCUGCCUCGUCUAGAGAGCCUUGACCUCUCCAACACUUCUGUCACCAACCUGAGCCCACUGCUGGGCCUGAAGGAGAGGUUGCGCUCACUAACUUUACAUCAGCUGAAAAGACUAGAGAUGAGCACUGCCCAGUUGCUGGGGGUCAUUGGCCAGUUGGAUGUGUUACAGCACCUGGACAUCAGCGAUGAUAAGCAGUUUACCUCUGAUGUGGCUCGUCAGCUGCUUGGACACCCAGGGAUCCUGCCUGCUCUUGUGUCUCUGGAUGUUUCAGGGAGGAAACAGGUGACCGAUGCAGCUGUCAAGGCAUUUGUCGAGGAGAGACCAGGGAUGACAUUUGUGGGACUUUUGGCCACAGAUGCAGUUUCUGACUUCCUUUCUGGAGAAGGAAAUCUUAAAGUAACAGGAGAAGCCAAUGAGACCCAGAUCUGUGAAGCUCUGCGUCGCUACAGUGAGAGGGAAGGUUUUGUGAGAGAAGCUCUAUUUCAUCUGUUCAGCCUGACACAUGUCAUGGAGAAACCACGACCUGACAUCCUCAAGCUGGUUGUUUUGGGCAUGAGGAAUCACCCUGCCACUCUGAAUGUCCAGCUGGCUGCCAGUGCCUGUGUGUUCAACCUUACCAAGCAGGACUUGGCAGCAGGAAUGCCAGUGCGACUGUUAAGCACCGUCACUCAGCUUCUACUGGAGGCCAUGAGGACUUUCCCAAACCAUCAACAGUUGCAGAAAAAUUGCCUACUGUCACUGUGCAGCGAUCGCAUUCUGCAGGAGGUCCCAUUUAACAGGUUUGAAGCUGCCAAACUUGUGAUGCAGUGGCUCUGCAACCAUGAAGACCAGAACAUGCAGAGGAUGGCUGUGGCCAUCAUUUCCAUACUUGCUGCAAAGUUGUCCACGGAGCAGACAGCUCAGCUGGGAGCAGAGCUGUUCAUAGUGAAGCAACUGCUUCACAUAGUGCGUCAGAAGGCAACUCAGGGUGUGGUGGACGCCACCCUCAAGUUUACACUAAGUGCACUGUGGAAUCUCACUGAUGAAUCACCAACAACCUGCCGUCAUUUUAUUGAAAACCAGGGGCUGGACCUGUUCAUCAAAGUUCUAGAGUCCUUUCCCAAUGAGUCCUCGAUUCAGCAGAAGGUUCUGGGCUUGCUGAACAACAUAGCAGAAGUUGGAGAGCUGCAUGGAGAGCUCAUGGUGCAGGGGUUCCUGGACCACAUUAGCAAUCUGCUGCACAGUCUAGAAGUGGAGGUCAGCUACUUCGCCGCAGGCAUCCUGGCACAUUUGACAUCCAGAGGGGAAGAAGCCUGGACGCUAAGCCCAAGUCUUCGAUCAUCACUACUCGAGCAACUGCAUAAUGUCAUUACAAAGUGGCCCACACCAGAAUGUGAAAUGGUGGCCUACAGGUCAUUUAACCCCUUCUUUCCUCUUUUGGAGUGCUUUCACACCCCUGGUGUCCAGCUGUGGGCAGCCUGGGCCAUGCAGCAUGUCUGCAGCAAGAACGCCUCUCGAUACUGCAGUAUGCUGUUGGAGGAGGGUGGUCUGCAGCAGCUUGAGCAUGUUCAUGCACACCCACAGACCCACAAAGACGUCAAAAUGCUGGCUGAGAGCAUUCUGGACAGCCUCCAACGCCACCGAGCACGCACUGGCCAGCCAGCAAACACACACAUAAGCCGCCGCCCACCAACACAAUAACCUCACAGAGAAAAUGAGGCUAUCUGAACAAGACAGAGGACUUAACCUGGGUGCCACCACAUGUGGGUUCUUCUUUGUGCGUGUUACUUACUCCAUGCACUUGAUCAAGAAUCCCUAAAUUGUACACUUCAAAGGACAGAAGCUACGCAGCUCUUUGCACACACUACAUUCUUAUUUAUUUUCAUUUGUUUCAAAUAAAAAUACUUUUAUGUGUGCUAAUCUUGUGAUGAAAAAUGCAAUUAUGAGAAGAAAAGAUGUUUAGUUCAUAUCUUAGUCUGGCAUGGGCAUCAUGAUGACUUUCCUACCAAAAACACAUCGGUGCACACAUGGAAAUCUCAGUUGGGGACUGAACCCUAAAUACUCAUAUGCUCAAACUUGAUUGUUAGGUUUAAUGGUUCUGGUCGUCCAAAUUGGUCAAAUAGCUCAUUAUCUAUACGCAUGUCGCUGCUGUGAGCUCAAGCAUGCUGGAGUUUGUCUGAAUGCUUGUACAGUUCAUUUUAGGAAUGCCUGCUUGUUUGUUUAGAGCAGUGUUCUGGUCACUGAAACUCCACGCCUGUGGCUCUGCAAUACUACUGUUGCUCUUCUCUUCAUUUAGUCUUUUUAUCAGCUAAUGCCUUUGAUUUGAUGUGACAGGACACUUGCCUUGGGUGUAUUCAGUGGGUUCAAAUGUACCAAACGUUACAGAUGGAAACCUAAAUUAUGAAGAGGUUCUCUCUUUUCUAAAGGUUUGUCAGCCCUGAAUAAGUCAUUGGAUUUGUGCUGUACUUCAGAGGAUCCAGGGGAGAACUCGGUUAACUAGUUCAAUUCAGAGAUUAAGUCUGGGAAGCGCAAGUGGCCUUUCUAGACACCAAUGGCAAUAAAGAUGGGGUCAUUAUAGUCAAGAUGGACAUACAAUAUAUGUGUAUUGAGUGUCAUCUGUUUUCUCUUUGAUCAAAGUGUGUAUAUAACAUUACGUUCACUGUGCUUCCCAAUGCAUUAAGUGUCAGAGAAAGCACUUCAGUAUGAGCAUGUAUGUACGUCUGUACAAUUAUCAACAUUUUAAGAGUGUAUGUUACAUGUAAAUAACAGAAAAUGAGUGGAAAAAGUACCUCCUGUUUAGGCCUGGUUGAAUUGGCUGCAUGCAUAUUAUUACACUGUUUUUCUUCUGCUUGUCUGAUUAAGGAUUUAUAUUGACAUGAGAAAAGAGAGAGGAAUAUUAUCAGAAUUAAACUGUUCUGAACCAACUGACAUUGAAAUAUGUAACCUCCAGGAAGCUAUUAUUGCACAUACUUGUCAGAGAAGCCACCGUCUAACAAUUAUGACACUAGGAUUCUACUUAUUUUAAUCAAAACUCCGGAUUCUUGUCAAGGCCCUGUAUCGCUACUCUAUGCAAGCGUAAGUGAUGUUGCUAUGAAUUGUCCAACACUAAUGGUACAAGUAUUGUGCAGGCAAAGUGGAUUUUUGUUUCAGCAUGAAUAACUGACAAAAGGUGUGUAAAUAACUUGUAUGUUUAUAAAGGUCAAGAUAAUAUAUGAUACUCUAAAAUAGCUAAAUUGUCCACCCUUCACCUCAUCUGCUUUACUGGGCAAAGAGAGCACAUGACAGAAACCUGCAUUUAAUCUUUUUCUUUUUCUGUUGCUCUGGAUAGCUUGGAUUGUUUAUUUAAGCCCUUGAUCAUUCUGGAUGAAGACCAGUUUCAAUUAUAAUGUGGAAAAAAAGAAAAAAAGUCAACAUACUGUUGUGUGUGCUAUGACUGUGCCAUGUUGCUGCUGAGAGUCAUGUUUUCAAGUUUUAAAAAUAAAGAAUGUACAUUCCCAUAAACUGGA